UUGGCGCCCGUAAGGUGAGGAUGGUUCGAAAGGACUAUAGCCCCAGUCCCUUGGCAUCCCUUCAUUUAAGGAGCAUUGCCCCUUACUGCCCUGGUACCUGCCUGCCUGGCCUGCUGGAAAUCCGUCUUUCCUAAUAGCUGCAAGGCAGGGGGCUGGGGGAGGAGCCCACAGGGAGCACCUGUACCCGAAAGCCGCCAAGGACAGGGGCCUCCUCGCCCAGGCUGCUCCCUGCACCGGCUAGUCGCUCCCAGCUCCCAGGGCGCUGAGUUUGGGCUGCGACUGGGCACGGGGGAGGGGGCUCUGUUCCUGCCGACCCUCUUCCACCGGGACCACGGGGCCGCAACCCUGGCCUCCCCCGUGUUCACAUCACUAAAAGGCCGUUUGACCUAGAUCCCUCGGCGCGCCCUACCCCCAAUUCCAGAACCCAGAGGGGCCCGGCUGGGGAAGACUGAGAACGGAGAUCGGCUUGGGAGACCGGAGAGCAAAAUCAUGGAGCCUUCCAAGCCCUUCAUGAGACAGCCGCCGAUCACACCAGGCUACAGUGGCUUCAUCCCGUACCUGAGCUGCGAGGGCACGGCUGCCGAGGACCACGGGGCCCGGUGCGUGCUGGCCUUCCAGGAGAAGACGCAGCGCUACAAAGACCAGCUGGAGGAGUUGCGCUGCUCCGUGGCCACUGCCCCAAGGCUGCAGCCUGUCUGCUCCGAAGAGACGGUCCUGCGGGCGCUGCACGAGUACGAACGGCAGCACCACCCCCUCAAUCUGGAAUGCAAAGUGAUGAAGAAACCUCUCGAGGAGCCCCCGAUGCCUGGCUGGUCCGGCUUCCUGCCAAGAGCCAGGGUCACCGAGUUAGGCUGCGCCACGCGGUACACCGUCAUGGCCAGAAACUGCUACAGGGACUUCCUGGACAUCCUGGAGCAAGCCAAGAGAGCGCGCCUGAAACCGUACGAGGAAAUAUAUGGAGUUAGGUCCACGCAGCCUCCUCCUGCUGCUCCUUCAAGAGAUUUGCACUGUGAAGAGUUGCUGCCAAAAUAUCCGGACUUUUCUGUUCCAGAUGGAAGCUGUCCCAUCCUUACAAAUCCCCUGAGAGACGACCCCAGACCUCCGGCGUCGUCUGGCAGUGUUCAGAUGCCAUGCAGCGGGGAGGUUUAUCUGGAGCCCUUGUCCUCCGCCAAGGAUGCAGAAGGCUAAUGCGGAGAGCCUCCUAAGGAGCUGACCUGUAGGGGGCGCUCCAAAGCUCGCCAUUCUCAGGAGAGCAUCAGCCCAUCACCACCCACACCCCAAGAGGCACUAGGGACAUUUCCUAACUUAAGAAUUUUUUUUUCCACGGACACCAGCACCCUAGCUGGUUAGCAAUAGCAUGCCAUG